AUGCCUUUCUGGACGUUCUUUGGUGCUACGCUUAUUGGCAAGGCACUUAUCAAGGUCAAUAUGCAAGCCGCGUUCUUCAUCACCAUCUUCACGGACGCGCAUCUCAAACGAGUGGAAGCGCUUAUUGGACGCAUUACUCCCGAGCAGUGGGGUCUUGGCUCUCGCGUUAGCGAGUUUUUGCUCGAGUGUCGCGAGAAAUUUCAUUCGGCGCAGAUCAAGGCAGCUGCAGAGCAUGCGGGUGUAGCUGCGGCUCCUACUACCAGUCUGGUCUCAAAGCUAGGCUCCUGGGUCAUGGUGCUUUUCAUUGCGUACUUUGCCGUCUCUUGCAUUGAGCAGUUUGCUCAGCAGCAUGCAGCUGAGGAGGAUGAGGAGAAGCUCAAGAAGCAGAAGUAA